ACACACGCGUGCACGCGCUCGCUGGGUUGCCCCCUUCUCUCCGGCCCUCCUUCUCGCCCUUACUAACGCUGCGGUCGAGGGAGGAUUGAUGUCCCUUCAGCAUCAUGCAGCCGCCACCAAGGAAGGUGAAAGUUACUCAAGAACUGAAAAACAUUCAAGUUGAGCAGAUGACAAAACUUCAAGCCAAGCAUCAAGCAGAAUGUGAGUUGCUUGAAGAUAUGAGGAUGUUCAGUCAGAAGAAGGCUGCUAUUGAAAGAGAGUAUGCACAGGGUAUCCAGAAGCUGGCUAGUCAAUAUCUGAAGAGAGAUUGGCCUGGAAUAAAAACUGAUGAUCGGAAUGAUUACAGGAGCAUGUAUCCUGUUUGGAAAUCUUUUCUCGAGGGAACAAUGCAGGUAGCCCAGUCACGGAUCAAUAUAUGUGAAAACUAUAAAAACUUCAUUUCUGACCCAGCAAGGACAGUGAGAAGCUUAAAAGAACAGCAACUAAAGAGGUGUGUGGACCAGUUGACAAAGAUCCAAACUGAAUUACAAGAGACAGUAAAAGAUUUAGCUAAAGGCAAAAAGAAGUACUUUGAGACUGAACAGAUGGCUCAUGCUGUACGAGAGAAAGCUGACAUUGAGGCCAAAUCUAAACUUAGUCUUUUUCAAUCGAGAAUCAGUUUACAGAAGGCAAGUGUAAAGUUAAAAGCCCGACGAUCUGAGUGUAAUUCCAAAGCUACCCAUGCAAGGAAUGAUUAUCUUCUUACAUUAGCAGCAGCAAAUGCACAUCAGAAUCGCUACUAUCAAACCGAUUUAGUUAACAUUAUGAAGGCUCUUGAUGGAAAUAUAUAUGAUCAUCUUAAGGAUUAUUUAAUAGCCUUCAGCCGGACUGAGUUAGAAACAUGCCAAGCUGUGCAGAACACAUUUCAAUUUUUAUUAGAAACCUCCAGCAAGGUGAUACGGGACUAUAAUCUUCAGCUGUUUUUACAAGAGAAUGCUGUGUUUCACAAACCCCAGCCUUUCCAAUUCCAGCCUUGUGACAGUGAUACUAGCCGAAAAUUAGAAUCAGAAACUGGUACCACAGAGGAGCAUAGUCUAAAUAAGGAGGCUCGGAAGUGGGCCACACGAGUGGCACGUGAGCACAAAAACAUUGUUCACCAACAACGUGUUCUAGAUGAGCUGGAAUGUCAUGGAACUACAGCAUCAGAACAAAGCCGAGCAGAACUGGAACAGAAAAUAGAUGAAGCGAGAGAAAAUAUUCGUAAAGCAGAGAUAACUAAAUUGAAAGCUGAAGCCCGACUGGAGCUGCUAAAACAGAUUGGUGUUUCUGUGGACACGUGGCUAAAGAGUGCAAUGAACCAAGUCAUGGAAGAACUGGAAAAUGAGCGAUGGGCCCGCCUUCCUGCAGUGACCAAUAAUGGCACUUUACACUCGCUUAAUGCAGAUGCUGACAGAGAAGAAGAAGAGUUUGAAGACAACAUGGAGGCUUUUGAUGACAGCAGCUCUAGCCCUUCUGGCACCUUAAGAAAUUAUCCACUCACCUGCAAAGUUGUUUAUUCCUACAAGGCUUCUCAACCAGAUGAGUUGACCAUUGAGGAACAUGAGGUGUUAGAAGUGAUUGAAGAUGGAGAUAUGGAAGACUGGGUAAAGGCUCGAAAUAAAGUUGGCCAAGUGGGUUAUGUGCCAGAAAAGUACCUGCAGUUUCCCACCUCGAACAGCCUCCUGAGCAUGCUGCAGUCUCUGGCUGCUUUGGACAGUCGUUCACACACAUCCAGCAAUUCCACGGAAGCUGAACUCGUUUCAGGCAGCCUCAACGGAGAUGCCAGCGUCUGUUUUGUGAAAGCACUUUAUGACUAUGAGGGCCAGACAGAUGAUGAAUUAUCUUUUCCUGAGGGAGCAAUCAUUCGUAUCUUGAACAAAGAAAACCAAGAUGAUGAUGGCUUCUGGGAAGGGGAAUUCAAUGGACGAGUUGGAGUUUUCCCAUCGGUGCUAGUGGAAGAACUGUCAGCCUCAGAAAAUGGUGAUACUCCACGGAUGAGAGAUAUUCAGAUCUCUCCUUCCCCGAAGACUCACAGUUCCCUGCCUCCACUGCCGUUAUACGACCAGCCUCCCAGCAGCCCUUACCCAAGUCCAGAUAAAAGGAGUUCCCAGUACUUCCCUCGGUCUCCAUCAGCAAAUGACAACAGCUUCCCUUCUGAAUCUCCAGGAUUUUCGCAGGCACCAAGGCAUACUUCUGAGACCUCACAUGGCAAACUGCGACCUGUCCGGGCAGCUCCCCCUCCCCCAACGCAGAACCACCGGAGGCCGGCAGAGAAGAUGGAAGAUGUGGAGAUCACGCUGGUGUGAUGGCAGGGUAGCUCAUCCAUGUCUGCUACAAUCAAGGCCAGGCUUGAAGUUUGGCCAGUCUUGUGUUUUCGGCACCUUUGCAUGAUGAUGACUCUUGAACAGAGCAAAAACAAGGAGGAUUGUAUGUGACUGGGUGGCCCAGUGGACUUCUCCCACAUUU